AUCGAUAUCUUGUGACCAAAACUUAACAUUUUCUAAACUAAAGAGUUGUUGUGAUGUCAACCAAAUGAUUAAACAAAGUUUUGACAACUUUAGUGACACUAACGCUAAAGGAUUAACCCGUAAAUCGUUUGACAAUUUAUUGUCGGCUCUAUUGGUCAAUGAAGAUAACAAACCCUAUCACAUACCUAUCCAGUGGAAGACACAUUUGUUUAACUUAUUUGACACCAAUGGUGAUGAUAUCAUUGAUAAUCAAGAGUUCCAACAGAUGUGGAACAACUGGAUUCAUACAAUUCUGGAGCCAACGAGCGCUCUCAUUGUAGUCGAUGUCCAAAAUGAUUUCAUUAGCGGCUCUCUUGCCAUCAAUAAAUGCGAGGCCGGACAGCAAGGAGAAGAAGUGAUUCCAGUUAUCAACCAAUUACUCGAUACCAUACCAUUCAAUAAAGUCUUUUACUCUCAAGACUGGCACCCAUCAGAUCACAUCUCUUUCUAUGAAAACAGAACUCUUCGUAAGUUUUCAUCGAUUGAAGGCAAGUGUCCGUCAAAUGUCAAUCUAUACGAUACGGUUGUGUUUGAGGGUCCGCCACAAACACGUCAGAAGUUAUGGCCAAAUCAUUGCAUUCAACAAACGUGGGGAUCAUUACUCCAUUCACAGCUUAAGAUUGUCGACAACAGUGUCUUCAUCUAUAAGGGAACUCAAUCUCAUAUCGACAGCUAUUCUGUCUUUUGGGAUAAUCAGCGCUUAAGUCAAACCAAUUUAGACCAACAAUUGCAAGGACUGGGAGUCAGUGAUGUGUAUGUGUGUGGUAUCGCCACUGAUAUAUGUGUUGGCUAUACGGCAGUCGACUCGUGUCAGUUGGGAUACCGAACGGUACUCAUUGACGACGGGUGUCGGGGAGUGUCCGACACAGCCAUCAAUCAAACCAAACAACAACUCGACCGCAAUCUUGCAGUGUGUGUCCAUUCAAACCAAGUCUACCAUUUGGUCACUGGAAGUGAUCGCAGACCCGAACUCGCAUACAAAAUGGCAAUCAAACAGUUGGACCACUAAUUAAAAUAAUUUUUUAAUUUUUUAAAAUUUUAAAUGACUCGAAAAUUAUUUUAGAUAUUAUAAUUUUGAUUACAUAUUUGUGUUUUAAAUUAAUUUUUGCAUAAAGUAUU